AUGCUUGGGUCGGGCAUCUAUACGCGUCAAAUGUACGAGACCAAAAUCUUGAGCCGCCCUCUUGACAAUAAUUCCUCUGGAUCUCGCUUGAGUUCCACCAGUCUCCGCGUGUCCGCAGCAGCCUUGCCAACCACUGUUUCGCCGUUGCAUGGCUUGAAAGUGGCUGCUGCAGCUGGAUUGUUGGCAGCCACGUUGCAAUGGCUCUUGUCAUCCGCUCUGGCACGUCGCGUCAUUGGUCGUGCCGGCUCACCGACGGCAUCCACCAAAGAAAACGCCGCGUACACGGCCCAUUCAGUUGUCGCCCUGAUCCUGAUGCUUUUGCUCAGUGGUAUGGGAUCUUUGGGGUGGUGGUUCACGCAUGCUCCUGCCAAUAAGAUACUGGAUGUCUCUCCCACGGGCGGUUGGAUGGCAGCAGUGGUCUUGGGAGCAUUUUUACUCUGGGAUAUCCCUACAUCUAUACGAGUCAAAGCGCUACGGAAACCGGACGUGAUCAUACAUCACAUUGUCAUGAUGGUGCUGGCUGGUAUCGCGACCUCCAUACUACCCAUGCACUACAUAUUCUAUUACUUUGGAGUCGUAGAACUAUCUUCCGUUCCACUCAUUAUCUACGAUCAAGUCACGUUCUGGAUUGACACCACCAAUGACGACAACGGCAACACUACGGGAAAGGUAGAAAGGCUAACCCGUAUCCAAUCCAUCUUGGCGCCAAUAACGGCUUUAUCCUUUGCGUUGGUGCGAGUUGUUAGCUUUACCAAGGUUACCGUAGAGGGUUUCUUGCCUGACGCCAAGGCUGCCCUGGUUGCAGCAGCCAACAAGUCUCGUAUCAUCACACCGCCGCAGCGAAUCGGCAUUCAAUUCCUGAUGGUGGCUUGCACUCUGUUUACUCUGUUGCAAUGGUUCUGGUUUUCGCAGAUUGUCCAAGCCUUUCGAGAGCAAAUGGCAUCAUCCCAGUCGUCGUCGCCAUCAUGA